AUGUGGAAAGAAAUAGAAACCGCGAAAUCUGAAAAUAGGCGAGAGUUAGUGUUAACUGGUGCCGACGUGUUGACGAGGAUCCAAGAAAAAGGUGGACUAGAUGAAUUGAAAAAUGUGUUUUCCCUGAAGCAGCUAAAUUUUUUGGAAAUUAGUUGUGCCGGUCUAAAAUCGUUUCAUGAUAAAAUUGGUGAAUUGACUAAUUUAACAAAUCUGGUUCUACGUAACAACAAAUUUGUUUAUCUGCCAUCAACGCUUGGAUUGUUGUCAAAAUUGAAAUUUUUGGAUGUUUCAAACAACUGUCUGACAUCCUUGCCCAAUGAACUAAGCAAUCUUAAAGAGUUGCAUACACUGAAUGCCAACUGCAACCAACUGACUGAAUUUAUCAACAUAAGUAGUCUAACUAAUUUACAUGAGUUGAAUUUAUCUCACAACUCUUUAACCGAACUGCCUGAGGGUGUGAAUUCACGUGAACUGGGCUCACUUAUGACUUUAACAGCCAAUGAUAACAAAAUAGCUAUGAUUCCCGAUGAUCUAUCUAAGCUUCCUAAUCUGAAAACUUUGGAUCUCUCUAAUAACCUACUAGAUAGUCUUCCUGCUGAAAUGGCUGACUGUGGUAAAUUGAAAGAUUUCAAAUGUACUGGAAAUAAUUUAAAGGACAAACGUUUACUGAAGUUAGUAAACCAAUGCUCCACUAAAGCCAUUCUUGAUUACUUGAAAACACAAAAACAAAAAAAUAAUCCUAAUGCAAAAAAGGAAGACAAAACUAAAAAGACUAACAAAGAAAAAGGUGGAAAAGCUGAACAAGAGGUGGAGGUAAAAAAUUCAAUAAAAAUUCUACAUGUUGACAUCAAUGGCUCUACUUUGGUAAAAAUAAUGCCUCAAGCUUUGAGUGUGAGACCACACAUGGUCUGUUGCAUAGUCAGAAAUUUAAAUUUCUCUAAAUCAAACUCAUCGAUGAAGAGGUUCAUUGCUUUACAGACUAGAUUACAUGAUGAGACCUGUGCGAAAAGACAGCUUGCCACAAUAGCAACACAUGAUCUGGAAAAGAUUAAGUUUCCAUUAAUAUAUGAUGCCAGGGAACCAGUAUCUAUCAAGAUUCAGCCUUUGAACAAAUUGAAAGAAGUGACAGCUAAUGUUUUGGUGAUGCGUCUGAGGAAAGAAGCGGAAGAAUUGAGGAAGGAGAAAAAAAGAAAUACCGUCAGUGGAGUUCAUAAGUACUUGAACUUAUUGAAAGAUCAAUUGUAUCCAUGUGUCCUAGAUGACUCUUCACGUGUUAUUAGUUUUCCUCCCAUUGUCAACAGCAAUGUUUCUAAAGUAACAAAAAGCACCCGUCAUAUUUUCAUUGAAGUUACUGGCUCCCAUAAUUUGGAUGUGUGCAAAAAGGUGAUGGACCAACUAUUGAUCAACCUGAUGAAAAUGGGAAUAGGCCAGGAAGAGGAAGUCAUUAUUGAGAAGGAAGUGGAUUCGAUGACCAAGGAUAUGGAAUCACAUCACAUAACAUCAACUGCCUCAGGGGACGCAAAGAAUGAAAGUGAAGAAAAAGAAUCACCCAGCAGUGAAUGUAAAAUAGAAGAUGAAGGUAAAGAUGAAGACUUUGAAGAUGAUCAUCAGCAGCCAGAUGAUAACUCCCCUAAAAUAUUAAUUGUGGAACAAGUUAAAGUUGUUGAUAAUUUGAAUAAUCUUAAAGUCGUCUAUCCAUCAAGAGUUGAUCUGCAGCCAGAUCAUACAUUUAAAGUUAUCAGGAAUUCCGAAUAA